AUGGGGUGUCUACGAUUACCACCUCAGGCCGCUGUGUACCUUUCUAUGUCGCCGUUCUCACCUGUUCCUGAUGGUGACUACUUGGCAGCUCCACUCAUUGACCUGGCCCUUUCCUGGCGCAUGAUGCUUUCUCAUACUAUAGUGAGGAUUAGCGACAACAAGAUGCUUCUCCCUGUGCUUAACUUCUCCGUGUCAACCAAGGUCAUUGCUCAAGCCUCCAAUGAAUUCGACUUAGCGGGGCUUCGCAGCAUUCUUCUGCGCCUGGAGAAAAGCACCGACGAGCUCGCCAAGGCUAACGAAGCACUGCACGCCGACGUGAUUGAUGAUGAGAUGCUGGUGGACAUGGACUCUGUGCUAGAGUGGGAGGACCGAACUGCAGGAAGCGUUGGCCUUCUUAAACAUCACAUCCAGGAGCUGGCUGUCCGAACAUCAGGGCCAGCCAGGUACAACGCCCAGCAUGAGACAACACCGCAUCGGUGCCUCAAACCACCCGCUCUCGGCAUCUGCCGACCAUUCCACAAGGUUUUCUAUUUCAAUUACACGGAAUACAAGUGCAGAAAGUUGAAAAAGGGUCUCUGCAUAGGAGGCAACAACCAUUUCUCAUCACAAAUGAGCUGCCAAAAUACAUGCAUACGUGUUCAAGGAAGAAAGCAAAAUAGAUGCCUGGAAGCAGCAGAAACGUGCAACUGCACCGCUGAUGCGCGAUCGUGGUUUUUCGACCACAAAAGAGGUUACUGUAGGAUGUACAACCACACAAAGUGUGCAGGUGGAGUGAACCGGUUUGAAACAGAAGAGGACUGCAUGAAAAUUUGUCAACGCAUGGCAAAACCAAAACCUGUCUGCAGCGUGAAGCCAAGAAGUAGCUGGUGGCUUUGCGUGGUAAGAAAGAAGCACUGGUUUUUCGAUACUCAAACGAACACCUGUCACAAGUCUCAAAGCAAGAAAUGUGGGAAUGGCGACAACUGGUUUAGCACUUUAGAAAAGUGUAUGGAGCGAUGCAGCUAUGUUGGCUGUCAGAAGUGCAAGAACGGCGUCCCGUAUUACUACCCAAAUGGAACGACACCAUGCGGAGCUGAGCCAGAAUAGAGACGUCGAAGCCGUACCUGUUGUGGAACUGGCAUGGGUAUAGCGAAAGCUCUCCAUCAGCAGAAAAAAUUCCAAGUGUUUAUACUUUCAGCCAGUGAUGGCGGGUGUGCAUUAAACAGUCAAACUAUAAUCAUUCAUUUGGGUUGGUCAGGCUGACUCUAUGCUGCUUGGAAAUUUCGCUAAGCAAGAAAAAAGAAACACAGCAUUAUCAGCACAUGCCACAUAUAGACUUUCAUUCCCUACCCAUGCGUUUAGUUGAGUGUUUCAUACCAACGUAUGUUCAAGUUUCAGUCAUAGCGUGCAAUAAAGUUGGUUUCAUUUUCCUGAUUAGGCUAAUAAGAACCACGCUGAUCUCUUGGACAGUAGUAAUAAAAUCACUGAAUG